UACUGUGUUUUUCUACUGGCAAAUGAAAAAGAAUUGCUUAUUUCCAAUUCCCAUGGGUUCCAAAUGGUUGGUUUUGUUAUUGGCAAUUUCUCUCCAGUUAUUCAUGCUCUUCAAUACAGGUACCAAAGCAAGAGUUUUCAAAGGCGAUCAUCUACAUGUGUCGAGAAAUAUUGAUAUUAAGAUUGAUGAAACCGUCAUGAAAACUUUUGAAAACAAUGGUGCCGUAGUCGAUCCUCUGGAGAAUCCUCCGAGGCCACCGGAGAGCCAUGGCCCCCCUGGUCAGAUAAAUCCAGUUCCACCUCCGAAAUUUAUCUUUAGUCAGACCUAUGUUGAAGAUAGCGAUUAAUAGAACUUGAAAACCAGUUUAUGAUCUUCAAUAUAUAAAUAAAAAUUAAGUUUC